AUGGAGUUUCUUAAUGGAAGUUGUAAAAAAGAACCUGUCAUUGAUAUUGAAGGCCCUGAAGAUGGUGAGAAAUGAUUUAUUUAAAAAUUUCUUUUUCAGGUGGAAAUCGAUUUUAAAUUUGCAAAUUUCAAGUCAAUGAUGGGACCUUUAAGCCAAUGAUAAUGAGUUUUGUUAGCAGAAUGAUACAAGUGUUAUCGUUUUAAAUAUAUGAUACAUAUAUACCUUGAUACAUUCUUUUAAGAACAGAAGAACCAAAGUUUUCAUAAAAUGAGCAACUUUAAUUUAAGAUUGUUUAAUUAAUUACAUUUAAAAAAAAAAAAAAAUCAAUGCGAACAAUAUCUAAAAAUAUAGUACCCUAAUGAUUAAUGUUUUAUCUGUUUUAUUUUAUUUUUUACAGUUAACCCUGAUAAUGAUAAGUUAGAAGAAAAAGAUGAAGAUUCCUCUAGCUCUUUUGUAAGCACUAUCAUUGAAGGAUAUGGCUCAAAACUGAAAUGGGUAAGUAUUUGUAAGGUCUUUACCAAAGUAGCUAUUUAAAAAAUUCUAUAGUAUCGUACAAUACAAAUCUAGCUAUUAUUUGUAUAAAUUGUUGGAAAAUACCUAAAGCCCUAUCUUAACAUUAAAUUUCUUUUAUUUUUAUCAAAAUCUUUUCACACUCCUGUGACUGAAAACAUUGCUUAAAUGACUGCUGUCAAAAAUACCAAUUCACAUUGUUUAUCUUUCAUUUCUAUAAUUAUUUAUAAAAUGCUCACAUGAUAUAUUUUCAUUUUGAAUAAAAUACUUUUAUAAAAAUUUAAAUUUUCAGGUGUUACUUUUUGUGGCCAUUUUCCUGUACUUCAGUUACUUCUCAGUAGCCUUGGCAUUAUUUGCUUUGGGGUUUUAUGAAAGUGGUCAGAGUGUCCUCCCUCUUGUUUACCUGACUGUUGCAGCACUCAUCAUACUCAUCAUCUAUUUUGUGAAAAGAAAAUUUAAAAAUGAAAUUCUGGAUUUUGCGAUCAUUCCCACCAGAAAAGUCAUUGACAAGCAUUGGCAUAAGCUUAAAUGGUUUGUACAAAAAUGAAAUAAAUUAAUAAAGCCCACUGGAUUAUGCUUAUACCUAUCUAAAUGAUCUUUUGCACUGUUAAGUUGUCUAUGUGUAAAAAAAAUUGCUAAACAUUUUAUGAUAAUUUAAGGCAUGUUGAAAUUUUUUGAAAGUGAAAAUUAACAAAUAAGCAGUGGUAAAUUCAGAAUAACAUUGCAGACUUAAUCAGAUUGUGUUCACUAUGAAAAAAAAAAAUUCUGCAAAUGAAAACUUUAAUUUCAGGUUUCUAUUGCUAGUGCCACUGUGUGGCAUUGUAGCCAUAAUUUUGUUAUCAGCGGCUAAGAGACCAUACAACCUGGUGUCCCUAAUAGGGUGGAUUUUUUUCUUGAUUGUUCUGACAGUAUGUUCACAUUCUCCUCGACGGGUAAGCAAAUUUCUAUAGUUUUAAGAUGAUUUUUUUUUUAAAUGUGUUUUUGCUAUUGAGAAGAAUAGAUCAUUCAUUUUUAAUGAAACACCCAUUUUAUUGACAGAUUUCAUGGAGGCCUGUCAUAGGUGGCUUUGCCCUACAGUUUUACUUUGCUGCAUUUAUUCUGAAAUGGGACAAGGGCCAAGAUCUUUUCCAAGAAUUAGGAUCACUUUUCACCAGCUUUCUUGGUUUUAGUAAAUUUGGUGCUCAGUUUGUGUUUGGUAAACUGGAGGAUCAUUUCUUUGCCUUUCUGGUAAGAUCAUCAUAAACACACACGUUUUAAAAGCUUUUAUGUUUCAAAGAAAUUUUAAGCUCGUUAAUUUUUUUUUUUUUAGAGAAUACAUUACCGGUAUUACCCCAAUUAGAUUUGCUGUUUUUUAUGCGCAACACGUCUAGCUUUAAUGAACCUUAAUUUUAAAGAUGUGUGUGUCAUUACUUGGAUGAGAUUUUAUUUAUUUCUAUUGAUAAGAACAACCAUUCAUUUUCUUUUUUAAAUUAAGGCUUGAAUUUUCUACAAAACUAACUUUAAAAAUAUUUUUUUUAUAUAAAUCUUAUUUUAUUUUAUUGAAAUUGCUCUUUCUUUUCAACAGGUACUGCCAGUGAUAAUUUUUUUCAGCACUGUCAUCACAAUGUUGUAUUAUUUAGGGAUCAUGCAAGCAAUCAUUGGGAAAAUUGCAUUUAUUAUGAGGAUUACAUUGGGCACCACAGCUGCUGAAUCAUUAUGUGCAGCUGGAAACAUAUUUGUUGGACAGGUAAGCUGCUUUUAUUUUCACUUACAUUUUUCAAUACAGUUUCUUGUCAAAAAUUGUCAAUAGCGUCAGCACAUGGGGCAUCUAUUUGUUUUCAUUAGUUUCUGUCUUGGGCUAAUACAUCAACCUUAUGCUUUUUAUUUUUCCAAUAGAAAUCUUUUACUUAGCAAGUUUCAGUGUUAAAUGAACAUGAAGUCGCUCUUUCCUACUGAUGCAUUUGGCAAAGUCUAUAAAGAUUUGAUGUUUUUAAUCUUAUUUUUUUUUAAACAUGUAUUACUUUUCAAUAACACAUGUGUUUUGAAUUGAUUUGUACUAUACUAUAAACUAUAAAUAAAUUUUAUAUUUUUUCUAGUCCCUUGAAUUUUCUUUAUUUAGUUGCUGUAAUCCAUUUUUAAAUAUAUUUUUUAUUGAAUAAAUAAGAAUUGACUAUUUAUAAAAUUAUUAUUUAAUAUAUAACAUUAUUAAAUACUUCAUCCAGCAAUUAAGGCAUACAUUUUCACUAUCAGAAAUUCAAUGACAGCAUCCCAAUUCACCACCUCUUGGUGAACACCCUGAAAUAGCUUAUACAGGAAAUAUUGUAUUGAUAUCAUGCUUUACAGGGACUUAAAAAGAGGAACUGUUUUUCAGGGAGUUCCAAAGAAAACAAGCUUUCAGAAAGAGAGCAUUACAUUAUGAGAUAUACAUUUUAAGAAUUUAUUGACUGAUUGCAAACUAAUGUCAGAGAAACUGGAGUAUUAUAUAAUAAAUGAAAGGCAGGUGACAAAGGGUGGAACACCAAAGGCCUUUUAAAAGUCUUAAUAAACUCAAGAUGGAAAUACAUGGUCAGACAUACAAAUUAAACAUUUUAAUGAAAAAAACAGUUUGACAUAAUAGUAACAUUUAUAUUCCUAGGACUUAACAUAAACUAGUAAAUUGAAAACCUGACAUCAGAGAAAGGAAAUAUAACCAUGUUCAUAUAUUGACUACCAAAGCUAUUGGAAAGCUGAGACAUCACAAGAAAAUUAAAGUAUACUGUAAAUAUCACUAAAAUAAGACCAGUACACAUGUAUUCAGACAUGGACCCUUACCACAAAAUCUGAAAUUCAGUUUAAUAUGCAGAAGCAAAACGCUAAGAAAGUUAUAUGUAUCUAUAUUAGGUCAUGAUGGAUGACCAAUCCUUACAGUGCCAAUAAUAAAAAAAAACCACCAAACAAUCCAAUCAUAGUGGCAGCAGUAAAUAAGUCAGAUUGUGUUAGAAAUGAUGGCUCAAAGUUUCAGGUUACAGUGGAGUAAAGGUUGUGUGCCGUCCGAAAUCAAAGGGGUGUUGACAGGUUGAUAGACCAAAACUAGAGAGAUGUUGUGGAUAAAGUCGUAACUUAAUCAGCAGGAAUUCCAUGAAUGAUGGAGGCCAGAGAUCACCACAACCUUUAGUGCUAUUGAUGAUAACUGCCAGGGUAAAUAAUUACUUAAACGAAUACUGCUUUUGUAACCAAAAUUUGUUAUAUGUAUUUUAAUAAUUUAUUGAACUAUGUUUCAGACGGAAGCACCAAUCAUGAUUCGUCCAUUUCUAGCUAUCAUGACCAUGUCUGAACUUCAUGCUGUCAUGGUUGGAGGUUUUGGUACUAUUGCUGGUGCCGUUCUGGCAGCCUAUAUAUUAAAAGGGGUGAGAAAAUAAUUUUUACUUUACACUUUUUAACAUUAGUUUCAAUCUUCUGAAUCACUUUUGGCAGAAAUUCUAAGGAUGAAUCUAGGAAAGCAACUAUAAAUAAGAGAGUAGAAAAUUUUCAAUCUCCGUGUUUGAUUCUAAAAAUUUUAAUGGAUUUCCUUUCUGUGAAUUUCAUGAUAAAAUUGCAAAAAGAUAUAUAACUUAAAACUAUACAAAAUACAUGCUUAUGGUUAAUUAGUGUUUAAUGAAACACUCUGAAAAUAAUAGUUUAUAUUUUAACAGGUUCCAGCAGCUCAUUUAAUAGCUGCCUCAGUGAUGAAUGCUCCCACAGCUUUGGCUGUAUCUAAAAUACUUUAUCCUGAGGUUGGGAUGAGCAAAAUUUCUAAGAUGAAGGAAGUAAUAAAAGAAAAACAGUAAGUAUAAUAAGAAAAAUGUUGCCUCUUCAGAAUUAUAUUGCAAAGCACAAAGAUCAUAUUUUUUUUAAAAAAAUUGUUUUGAGGACAUAUCAAAGUUUUUGCUGAUCAUCGAAAGUGACAUGGUCAGCAUGUUCCCUCACAAUUGUAAUUGUGACCUUUUUUAAAUACAAAGAAUAUGUUCUAAUAAUAAAUAAUAUUUAAUUUUUAUUUACUGUUUGAUUGGAAUCAUGUGUUGAUCAUCUAACAUUGAUACAAAAUCAGCAAAAUCUCUAAUCUGCCUAGCUACAGGACGAAAAUUACAUGGAACUCAACAAAUCACGAAUUACUCAGGGAUUCUAAACAACUAAGGCAUGCACUCAUUUGUGACAUCGUUCAAAAUAAGAACUACUAUUCAUUACAAAGCACUUAUAGCAUUUUCUUUCAAAUUGACUUACACUUACAUGCUGUACAUGAAGUUAUAAUUCCCUAAUUUGGUCUAAUAUUUUUUUGGGUCCUUAAUUGACCUCAAUUGGUUAGAUAGUGAAUAAAGACUAAGGUAUCACACUUUGCAUUUUUUAUUGCUCUAUGAUACAUGGCUCUCUUUUCAAUUUAGACCUUUCAACAAUGUGAUUGAAGCAGCUGCAGCAGGUGCAUCAUCAGCAAUCUCAUUGGUUGCCAAUGUUGGGGCAAACUUGAUAGCUUUUGUGGCCCUCCUUUUUUUUGCCAACAGUGUUUUAGGUUGGUUUGGAGCAUUUGUGUGUCUUCCUGAGCUCAGUUUUGAGGUUUGUAUUUAGCGUUUGAAAUUAAUUUUGUGCCUCCUUACUGGCAAACAUUUAAUACUUAAGUACAGGGUUUUAUAAUUCUAUUCUUCUAUAUUAUCCAUUCCUAAGAAUUGUUUGAUUAAGUCUCUCACCCUUAACAAUGUAUUUUUAUUUUAUUUUUUAAAAACAUGUAAACAGUUAUAAUUAUAAUCACUUGUGCUUGCAUCCCAGGUAAAUCCUGUUCUAGCAUAUGACAUCACAAUUCUAUAAAUUUAUUUUCUGGUGAGGUUAAAGAUUGAAACAUUAUUACCUUUUACAAUUCUUUCUAAUUUUUAAAAAUUAUUUCUUGUUGGUAAUCAAAGGCUACAUAGAAAUAUAUUUUCUUUAAGACAAUUUAAUAAUUAUGACUUAUUUUUUUGACAACACAGUUUUCCCCUAACUUGUUUAACAGUGUUGGACUUUAUUUUUUUAAAAGAAAAGUAAUUACACAUUUGCCUUUCAAUUUCUUAUUUAUAUUUGUUAUGGCAAGAUUGUCUCUUAAAAUGUUUCUAUAUUGCAUAAUAAUUAAUAUACCAGACCUGUUUACUCUUAAAAUCGUACAAUAUCAUCACAAAAUCGUUCAAUACAUUAUCUUAAUAGUAAAGAAAUAAACAUACAGAGUAUAUAAUGUUGUUACGCACUGGCUUCUCAUGUGAGAAAUUAAUCUCCUAUUUUAAUUUCAUUGGCUCGUUGUAAACAGUGCCUAACAAAGGACGAUACCAUAAAUAUAAUGACAAACGUCAACUUACAGUAUGGUAGAUCUUGUACCGGUACACAGUUAACACAGUUAGUAUAAUGAAGAAUGCGAAUAAACACAUAUAAAUACACAAAGAAUAAUACACUUCUCCUGAAGUUAAAACUAUCUAUCUGAAUCUUCAUCUCUCCGUAUCUGUCACUCCCUUAUAUACAUGUAGCAUAAGACGCUUCCAGAAAAGACUUAAGACAUGUUGUUUACAUUUCUCGGGUAUUGAGAACAUCAAAACAUUCUACAAGAUACUAGGAGACAGUCUAACCAUGUUUAAUUGUUAAACACGGUUGUAAACAAGAUACAUCAUAGAGAUUUAACCAGGCCCACAACAAACGUUAUCGUCUGCUAAUAGUCUAAUGCGAGGUCAAAGAAAGUUCACGCAUGGGGAAUGUGUGCUACAUAACAAUGUAUACACCUCAAAAUCGUAAGAGUAAACAGGUCUGAUAUACUGGUUUGCUUAAUCUAUUUUCAUUGCCAUUGACUCUUUUAAACACCAGGUGAUUUGCAGCUAUAUUCUCAGACCUCUGGUCUUCAUCAUGGGUGUGGAGUGGAAUGAUGCUGGGGCUGUGGCUAAACUCUUGGGGAUCAAAACUUUUCUCAAUGAAUUUGUUGCUUAUGAUAAGCUGGCAGACUUCAUUAACAACCGAGUUACUUGUGGCAGUGGAACAAUUUUGACGGUGAGUUCAUUCUUUGAGUAAGUGAAUAGCACUUUUUUUAAAAAAUUCAACCAAGGAUUGCAUUUAGUAGUCUGAAAAAUCCUGAAGCCUAUGUAUAACAAGUGUUGAAUGAAUAAAGUAAUUCACACUGAGAUUACCUGGAGAUGAACACAUUGGAAGAUAAACAAUUAUUUUGAUAAAAGAAAUCCCUAUAUUUCAAAGAUAAGGGUGUUAAGAGAAAAUAAUACAUUCGAAUAAGUGCACUUUGGAGGGGGAGGUCAAUCAAGUUUAACUCAUUACUGUCACAACUGCAACAUAGAAAACAUCAUUCCCAGUACCUACAAAAAAAAAAUUAUUAAAAAAUGUGUGGAAUACUUCUCAAAAAGGCCAUAGCAGAAGUUCCACAAUGAUUUAAUUUUUGGUUGCUUCCAGCUUAUAAAUGAAUGGGUUUUAGAACAAAGUAUACACUGCAGUAUUGUAAUUGUUAGAUAUUAAAAUACAACUUAUUAUCAAGCGUGAUAUGCAAGUAAGUUUCUUUGAGGAAUUCCUAAAAUGCUGAUAUGAAUAUUACUGACAUCAAAAAGUAACAUCUUUGAUAGGAAAAUAACUGGUUACAACAUGUAUUUAUUUUAGGUUAGGUCUGAAGUCAUUGCCACCUAUGCUUUGUGCGGAUUCGCUAACUUUAGCUCAAUAGGCAUCCAACGAGGAGGGCUUAGAUAUUUGUUAGAUAAUUGUUAGAUAUUAAAAUACAACUUAUUAUCAAGCGUGAUAUGCAAGUAAGUUUCUUUGAGGAAUUCCUAAAAUGCUGAUAUGAAUAUUACUGACAUCAAAAAGUAACAUCUUUGAUAGGAAAAUAACUGGUUACAACAUGUAUUUAUUUUAGGUUAGGUCUGAAGUCAUUGCCACCUAUGCUUUGUGCGGAUUCGCUAACUUUAGCUCAAUAGGCAUCCAACUAGGAGGGCUUGGACCAAUGGCUCCCAACAGAACAGGGGACCUGGCAAAAUUGGCUGUUUCAGCCCUGUUUGGAGGAAUAGUAACAAAUUUGAUGACAGCAUGUGUUGCAGGUAAAGAUUUAGUGAAGAUUUGA